GGAGAACUGUCAGAAAAAGUUUCAAAAUUUUCAGACAAACAGGUUGUGAAUCACAUUGCGGGCAGGAUUUUUGGUUUUCCGGACAAGAUUUUCACUGAAUUUCAACGCUAAUUGGCUGUUUUGUUGUAAAUUAAGGUUGAGUUCGUGGUUUGUUGGUUUAGUUUGUUGGUAAAGUGCGAUUAUUCAGUCAGAUAUGCGUGUUUUGCGGUUUUAAAGUGCACUAAUUAAAUUACCAAAAUUAUGUAAGGGAAAACAGUGUUGUUAUUGAAGUUUGCAGCAUUUCACAACAAGUCCUUUAAAGAAAACAGUCAGAAUGCUUCCCCGGAUCUGCAUCAAGUUCAAGCUCAAGUACGUGGCCUCGGCGGUGCUGGCCCUGCUCACGCUCGAUUACUUUGGCGCGUUCACACACAUGUUCGAGGCGGAUUUCGAGCAAACGUUCAGCUAUCCCCUCGAGGGGGACAUCCUGUCGUACGUGUACCAGCUGCGGCAUGGCCAGCGUCCGGCGGUGGAGCCCAUCAACGGGUACAACUUCUCGUACAUCACCGACUGCCAGCACAAGUGUCGCGAGGACGACCGGAUGAUUGCGCCGCGGCUGGUCUUCAUCGUGAAGUCCGCCAUGGAGAACUUCGACCGCCGGGUUGCGAUCCGCAAAAGCUGGGGCUGGGAGAAGCGCUUUUCCGACGUUAAGAUCCGGACGGUGUUCGUGCUGGGACGGCCGGCCGUUCCGAACCGGAGACUGCAGUCGCUGAUUGAUUUGGAGUACGCAAACUAUCGGGACAUUGUCCAGGGUGACUUUGUCGACGCGUACUUCAACAACACGAUCAAAACCAUGAUGGGCUUCCGCUGGGCCGUCAGCUACUGUCCGCGUGCCAAGUUUUACAUGUUCGCCGACGACGACUUUUACGUGUCGUCGAAAAAUUUGCUCAAGUACGUCCGCAACCCGGUCAACUAUCCGGAGUACCUGGAGGAAACGGACGAAGCCCUGCGCAAGCUGGCCCGCCGCCUCAGCCAAACCACCGUCAACAACUCGAGCUCGAGCGACAAGAGCGUCGAAGAACCAGUCUCGAGCACGAACGGAACGAACCACCGGAGGGAGAAGCGACAAAUCCUCAACAUGGACAUGGAGCUGCCGAGCGACGUGAAGCUGUUUUCCGGGUUUGUGUUCCGGUCGGCGCCGCACCGCCAUCGCAGCAGCAAGUGGUACGUCUCGCUGGACGAGUACCCGUGGCACAUGUGGCCCACGUACGUGACGGCCGGGGCGUUCCUGGUGUCGCACGAGGCGCUGUUCGAGAUGUACUACGUCAGCAUGUACACGAAGCAUUUUCGCUUCGACGACAUCUACCUCGGCAUAGUGGCGCUCAAGGCCGGCAUCGAGCCGCUCCACUCGGAGGAAUUCUACUUCCACAAGGCGCCCUUCCUCGGCCCACAGAGCUACAAGUACGUGCUGGCCUCCCACGGCUACGACAGCCCGGAGGAGCUGGUCAAGAUCUGGAACGAGGUGCGGGCCGCCGGUUAUGCCUAAGAAGAAUUGCAAAAAGUCAGGAAACCAAGUGAAUUGAAGCGAGAUGAUCCCACUGAGACGAAACGCUGGGCUAGCAAAUUGAUGCAUUUUUUUUCUGUGUUUUUUUAGUCAACGACAUAUUUAGGGUGUAACGAGGUGUAAGUUUUUGAUAGCAAGUUCUCUCUUAUCAGUAAAACAGACUUAAGGAUUAUCGGUAGCAGUGUAGAAUAGCGAGAACAUCGAUUUAGAGAGCUUUCUUCGAGAAAAAAAAACGAGUCAGUUUUCAGACUUCCACUUAGACUGAUGUGUGAUAAAGGCGUCGCAGAACUAGAGAAGACAUUUUCGUAGGAACUUAAACUAAUAAUAUCAAAGAAUUAACGAGCAUUUUUCAAGUUCAUACCAAAACUAAGUAGGAUUUUUGUAUUUAUUCUCGAUUCAAAGUUGGUUAGUGUGAAUAUGUGCCUAUUUUGCUAAUUAAUUAGAAGGUUCGUUAUUCUAAGUUAUCAUUGAAUUGUAGGGAAAAAUUAUUCAUAAUGAAAUAAACAACCAUUCAACCAAA